GUACUGCGGCGCUGGAGUUUCCUGUUCAAUUUCCCUGUAGAGCGCAACAGGAACUUCCAGCCCGAGCUGCGCCUGCGACAGCACUCACCGCGAGCAGGAUUCCUCCGCAAACCCCCUCAACUACUCCAAACCGCCGCAGAUUAACCACUGAAAACGGCUUUACGAGUUACCUUCAUCCUCUCAGCCACAUCAGAACUGGAAACCACAACGGAAAAUGCAUGAAUGAAUAGUUGAAGCGGAUUGUUUGUCCUGGAAAACUCAAAGUGAUGGCGUCCACGGUGACUCUGGAAGAUGCUCUGUCCAAUGUGGACCUGCUGGAGGAGCUGCCACUUCCAGAUCAGCAGCCCUGCAUCGAGCCUCUGCCCUCCUCGCUCAUUUACCAGCCCAACUUCAACACCAACUUUGAGGACCGCAAUGCUUUUGUGACAGGCAUUGCCCGUUACAUCGAGCAGGCCACUGUCCACUCUGGCAUGAAUGAGAUGUUGGAGGAAGGACAGGAGUAUGCUGUGAUGCUGUAUACCUGGAGGAGCUGUUCAAGAGCUAUUCCUCAGGUGAAGUGUAAUGAACAGCCUAACAGAGUGGAAAUCUACGAGAAGACAGUGGAGGUGCUCGAGCCUGAAGUCACUAAAUUAAUGAACUUCAUGUACUUUCAGAGGACAGCAAUAGAUCGCUUCUGUGGGGAAAUGCGUCGACUGUGUCACGCCGAGCGGAGGAAGGACUUUGUGUCUGAAGCCUAUCUGCUCACGCUGGGGAAGUUCAUCAACAUGUUUGCGGUGCUGGACGAACUUAAGAACAUGAAGUGCAGCGUCAAAAAUGAUCACUCCGCCUACAAGAGAGCUGCCCAGUUCCUGAGGAAAAUGUCUGAGCCAUCCUCCAUUCAGGAAUCUCAGAACUUAUCCAUGUUCCUGGCCAACCACAACAAGAUCACUCAGUCCCUACAGCAGCAGCUUGAAGUGAUUAGCGGAUAUGAUGAGCUGUUGGCAGACAUCGUUAACUUGUGUGUGGACUACUAUGAAAACAAGAUGUACCUCACCCCCAUUGAGAAACACAUGCUACUCAAAGUGAUGGGCUUUGGUCUCUAUCUCAUGGAUGGAACCAACAGCAACAUCUACAAACUGGAUGCCAAGAAGAGAAUCAACCUCACGAAAAUUGACAAGUUUUUCAAGCAAUUGCAGGUAGUACCUCUUUUUGGUGACAUGCAGAUUGAGCUGGCCCGCUAUAUCAAAACCAGCGCUCACUAUGAGGAAAACAAAUCCAGGUGGUCGUGCACAUCUGCAGGCAGUAGCCCGCAGUAUAAUAUCUGCGAGCAGAUGAUUCAAAUCCGUGAAGACCACAUGCGCUUCAUUUCUGAGCUGGCUCGCUACAGCAACAGUGAGGUAGUGACUGGCUCAGGGCGUCAGGAGGCCCAGAAGACGGACUUUGAAUACAGGAAGCUGUUUGAUCUGGCUCUGCAGGGUCUGCAGCUGCUCUCUCAGUGGAGCGCUCAGGUCAUGGAAGUGUAUUCCUGGAAGUUGGUGCACCCCACAGAUAAAUACUCCAACAAAGAAUGCCCAGAUAACGCUGAGGAGUAUGAACGUGCCACCAGAUACAACUACACCAGCGAGGAGAAAUUUGCUCUGGUGGAGGUCAUUGCCAUGAUAAAGGGCCUGCAGGUUCUGAUGGGCCGUAUGGAGAGUGUGUUCAACCACGCAAUCCGUCACACCAUCUAUUCAGCUCUGCAAGAUUUUGCCCAGGUGACGCUCAGAGAACCGCUGCGUCAGGCCAUCAAGAGAAAGAAGAAUGUCAUCCAGAGCAUCCUCCAGGCCAUCCGUAAGACCAUCUGUGAUUGGGAGACUGGCAGAGAGCCACAUAAUGACCCAGCAUUGCGGGGCGAGAAGGACCCUAAAGGGGGAUUUGAUAUCAAAGUUCCUCGUCGUGCCGUAGGACCCUCCACCACUCAGCUGUAUAUGGUCAGGACGAUGCUGGAGUCUCUGGUCGCUGAUAAGAGCGGCUCAAAGAAGACUCUGCGCAGUAGUUUGGAGGGUCCGACCAUCCUGGACAUCGAGAAGUUUCAUCGCGAAUCAUUCUUCUACACUCACCUGCUCAACUUCAGUGGUAAAGAACAGGCUAAAUGGCAGUUUGUUCGCACGGUGCUGCCGUUUUCACAAGAGUUUCAGAGAGACAAGCCUCCCAAUGCCCAGCCACAGUACCUGUAUGGCUCAAAGACCUUGAAUUUGGCAUACAGUAGCAUAUACAGCCUCUACCGGAACUUCGUGGGACCUCCACAUAUUAAGGCUAUUUGCAGACUUCUAGGAUACCAGGGCAUCGCUGUGGUGAUGGAAGAGCUGUUAAAGGUCGUCAAAAGCCUGCUUCAGGGUACCAUUCUGCAGUAUGUAAAGACCCUGAUGGAAGUCAUGCCCAAGAUAUGCCGUCUGCCUCGCCACGAGUAUGGCUCUCCAGGUAUUCUGGAGUUUUUCCACCACCAGUUGAAGGACAUUGUGGAGUAUGCUGAGCUGAAGACUGUGUGCUUCCAGAACCUGAGGGAAGUUGGAAAUGCUUUGCUGUUCUGCCUGCUGAGUGAGCAGAGCUUGUCUCAAGAGGAGGUGUGCGACUUGUUGCAUGCAGCACCCUUCCAGAACAUCUUGCCAAGAGUUCACGUUAAAGAAGGUGAACGUCUGGAUGCAAAGAUGAAGCGUUUGGAGGCCAAAUACACAGCACUGCAUAUGGUGCCUCUAAUUGAGCGUCUGGGAACCCCUCAGCAAAUUGCCAUCGCCCGUGAGGGUGACCUGCUGACUAAAGAGCGGCUGUGCUGCGGUCUCUCCAUAUUCGAGGUCAUUCUGACUCGCAUCCGCGGUUAUCUGGACGACCCAAUCUGGCGCGGCCCGUUGCCCAGCAACGGCGUGAUGCACGUGGACGAGUGCGUGGAGUUCCACAGGUUGUGGAGCGCCAUGCAGUUUGUGUACUGCAUCCCGGUGGGAGCUCACGAGUUCACCGUUGAGCAAUGUUUUGGAGAUGGUCUGAACUGGGCCGGUUGCAUGAUUAUCACAUUGCUUGGACAGCACAGACGCUUUGACAUCCUGGACUUCAGCUACCAUCUCCUUAAGGUGCAGAAACAUGACGGCAAAGAUGAGAUCAUCAAGAGUGUGCCUCUAAAGAAAAUGGUUGACCGAAUUCGCAAGUUCCAGAUUCUGAAUGAUGAAAUCUUUGCCAUUUUGAACAAGUACCUGAAGUCUGGGGAUGGAGAGAACAUGCCAGUCGAACAUGUCCGUUGCUUUCAGCCUCCGAUCCAUCAGUCAUUGGCCAGUAACUGAGAUUGGCGUACAUUUGCAGCAAUUAGAAGUGGAAGAGAUGCUAGAGGGGAACAUAUUUAGCUACAUGUUUAGGACCAGUUUCACUGUCACAUUCUACAUAGAGAUGCCUUUCGUACGCCAGCCUGUAGUGUUCACAGAGCCAGUAAGUUGCCUUGUGAUUAGUCAAGUGUUUUGUAAGCAUCAAUCAAUUGUACCAUUAUUGGGUUUGCACAUGUCUCAGGCUUUGGUCAAUUAGGCCAAAAUAUGUUUUAAAAUGAUAGACAAACACGGCCCAGUUUUACAUAGUGUUUUUCAGGUUGAUUUUAUUUUGUACACACUCGUGCCUUAUUAUAGAUAAAUGGCUUUUAUAUGUUAAUGAUAGCACAGCACUACUCAUUUUCGUGUUUUAUACCAGGGGAAAGGGUUGGAAAAUGGCCAAGUGGGGUUUUAUCAACUGAUUAUUUAAGCUUUUGCUGUGGUGAGAGACCAGUGGUAUAUUUCUAUGUGGUGUUUUUGAAUAAUUGCAUGCACGAUUCUUUUCCUUCUAUUAUCCUGAAUAAAUCUUUAAGCAUAACCAAGUUCUUACUCUCAUUAAACGUGCCUUUUUGUAUUUUAAUUGUAAUCAGAUUUUAAUUCAAUAAAUAUCAAAUUCUGUGGUUUCCUGGGUUGU